CACCAUAACAGUAACGUGGACUACUUCUUAUAAAAUACCUUCAUUUCAACCAUUCCCCAAAACCUUCCUACCUCCCAUUUCUCUCUCUCUCUCUUUCUCUUUCAUUCUCUCCUAAAGCCAAAAAAAAAAACAUUACAUAACAUAACUUACAUCAAUUUGAUAUUUUGAGAGUUAGAGCAUGGACAAUCAACGUACCCCUCUUCUAACUUGGGCUUACUACUGCCAAGGAAAGUCAAUGGAGGAACUAAAGCAAACCUUGAUGUACACAACAAUGGAGCUUGAACAAACAAGAGCAACAGUACAAGAAGAAUUAAGAAAAAGAGAUGAUCAACUAAUCAACCUAAAAGAACUUCUCAACAAAGUCAUAAGAGAAAGAGAUGAAGCACAAGAAAAAUGCCAAAGACUUUUCUUAGAAAAGUUACUUUUCCAACAACAACAACAACAACAGCAAGAUCCUCUGUCUGGAAUUUCAAGCAUUGAAGAAGAACAACAACAUCAACAAAGAAGAGGAAUUGAUUCAUCUAACAACAAUGGUUUAUCUUCAUCAGAUUGUGAAGAAAGCAUAGUUUCAUCACCAGUUAUUGACCCUUUGAAUUCAUCAAAUGCAUCAUUACAUCAACAAGUUGUUGUGACAGAAUCACCAAUGAUUGAGUUAAUAGCAAAAGAUAAACCUUUACCUGAAAAAGGUAAACUUUUACAAGCUGUUAUGAAAGCUGGUCCUUUGCUUCAGACCCUUCUUCUUGCAGGACCAUUACCUCAAUGGAGACAUCCACCACCACCAUUGGAGUCUUUUGAGAUUCCACCUGUUACUAUUCCUUCACCAACCUUACAACACCAACUAUUUCACCAAGACUCCUUUAAUGGUACCAUCACUCCUACUACUACUACUACUACCAACUGUGGAAGAGUCAAUAGAAAAAGGGUUUUCUGUGAAGGUUCUGAUUCUCCUUCUGCAGAGAAUAAGUAUCACAGGAUUGUACUUCAUUGACUAUCUACCAAUUUUCCUGCUAUGGAUCCUCUCCAUUUAUUAGAUGCUUUCAUUCCUCAAACUUAGUUACUACUAAGUCAUUUUUACCAACUUAGUUUUUAAUUUAUAUGAUAAAAUAUGUUUACUAGUUAAUUAAUUAAUAGAAUUAGAGGGUAGCAUUACAAGUUGGUAUUUUACUAAUCUAGCAUAUGUAUAGUUGUGGAGGAAGAAGAAGAAGAAGAAAAAAUGGUUGAUUUUGGAUUUCUAGUAAUGUUUGUGGUGAAGGAUUUAUCAUUGGCAUUUUCCUCUAUUCACAUUCUCCUUUUGUUUCAUGUGAAAGGAAAAGGGACAUUGUAAUAUAAUUGUAUAAUGUAACUAAAUAUUUUUAGUCUAGCUAGUGAUUUGAGUGUGUGUGAGGGAGUGAGAGAGAUUGAUCUAUUACAAGAUCACAUCAACAAUUAAGAGGAAUAGUUUUUUGGUUGUGUAGUCGUUAGGAUUGGAAGAUGGUAUGGCCAACAACCAAGGAUUGAAGGCCAUGACCUAUGCAUGUUGGGUUGUGUAGACCCCACAAAUCAGAAUCAGGAUCUAGUGUUGGUGUAAUGUUAUGAUUAUAUAUAUUAAGCUUUUGGUUAGACAAGUUAUCAUUA